AUGGGUACCCGGUGCACCGAGUGCGGCCUGCUUUGGAGCCAGCGGGUGCCCGAGCCCGUGAAGAAGCAGUGCACCAAGUGCAAGUGGGGCUACGUGAAAUGCUCGGGCUGCGCGCGUUCCCCGCCGUGUAGGCAGCCGGGCUGCCUUCAGGGUCAGCGAAAGUGCACCGCGUGCAACGGCGUCGGCGAGACCCUGUCCUGUAGUAGCAGGGCUGAAUUCGAUGUGUAUCAUGGCAGGCCCAUGGUUUGCUUUUUCAAACUACGCUCCAAUCCUGCCAUGUGGGACGAGACCGUGGAGUCAGAGCAUAUCCCUGAUUCUUGUCGCCAACUGUGGUCGUUGAUAAGUUCCUACAUGUACUUGAGGAGGGAGGCAGCCGGCUACAUCACCGCUCGAUGGGAUCUCGUCACUCGCCUCUAUGAGCUUGCCAUCUUUGCCUGGAACUACGGAGUGGUCAAUGAUGGCUUGAUGCGCGUGUUCUGGCCGGCCGACCUGCCGCGGUCGGACCAUAAGGGCGUGGUGGUGGGGUGGAGGAAUUCGGCCUUGGACGUCUUCGUUUUGACCAUCUUGGAGGCGGUCGAGCCCCGAAACGUCGAGUUUGCCCUCAAGAUCGGUACCCUCGUCCGCGACGCUGCUCAUCCCGUGGGCCGUAUCUACGAACUAUGCGGCCAAUCGUCCAUACACGUCCUCGGCGUCUCGAAUACACCCGACUCGGCCGACCUCGACUCGUCAUGGAUACACGUUGUAGUAGGGCCGGGACGUCGCGUCCCUGCCGUCACAUGUGCGCGUGCCUCGAGCAUCCAACUCAUCCUCUUCGAGAGGCCGCGCCCUGAAAGGAUGCAGUACAUAUCGCUAAACCCCAUUGCGCUAGCCUUGGACGACAAGCAUGACAAUUCCCGGCAAGACGUCCCUGACGGGAGUGAGGAUGAUGACGAAAAGGGAGAGAGGAGGCGGAAGGAGCAAAAGAGGAAGCUGGUCGAGAAGCUGAAACAACAUUCCAUUUCGAAGCGGGUCCCCUCGGAAAAGGAACAAGCGCUCGCCAAGAUUGUGAACCAGAUCAACUGCGCAUGGGAGCUUGAGCAGCUGCUCCAAAAGAACGUCUCCCGAAUUGGUACGCGCCCCAAGAGGAGUCUUAGCGUCUCCGAGAGGGUUGUCGAGUCAGCAACGACGGCGCGCGACAUGAUGCUAGUGUGGAUGUGGAACAUGUUCACCGUAUAUGUUUGGCCCAUCAUCAAGCGGCUUUUCGUCAUGGGCCUCAUGGCUCACCGGGUUGCCGCUGAGGUGCUCUUGCGCAUCUUGGAGUGGCGGGCACAGCCAAGAUACGCCGCCCUGAAGGACAUCUCGGCUACGGCGCAACAAGUCGAGAUCCGCCUCCAGCAAUUCUGCUACUGGCCGAUGCACCUCUGGCUGGUGGCCAACGAUGUUAUCAUCGGCAUUGCGCUAGGAUCCUACAUCAUCGAUAACGCCGGCUGGGCCGCCGAAGAGAUCAGCAAGCUCCUCAGCCAGUACACGGUAGACGCACUGCAGAGCAGCAUCUCAUGGCUUAUGGGAUGGCCUGCUGGGUUGAAGUUGAACAAUGAGUUGGGGGCAUUUCUGGGGGAUUUAUUUUUAUGGGUCAUCGAAUAUUGGUCAAGCUGCAUCGAGGCGCUCCGCCCCAUUCUGCCGCACAUCAUCUGGUUUAUAGGCUUCUCGAGCUUCGCCGGCGCCAGUAUGCCGAUCGCCCUCUUCUCGGACCUGCUCUCAAUCCUGACGGUACACAUUUACUCUUUCUACCUCGCCUCGGCUCGAAUCUACCACUGGCAGCUGAACAUUUUGAUAUCGCUGUUUCACUUGUUCAGGGGCAAGAAGCACAACGUCCUCAGGAACCGUAUCGACUCAUGCGACUACGACCUCGACCAGCUGCUCGUCGGCACCAUUCUCUUCACUCUUCUCUUUUUCCUCCUACCCACAGUAGCAGUCUUUUACCUUAAUUUUGCUAUUGCACGCAUGGUCAUCAUUUCGCUCAAGGCCGUUUUCGAUACUAUGCUUUCCUGCCUCAACCACUUUCCUCUUUUCGCGCUCAUGCUCCGGGUUAAGGAUCCCGGGCGGCUCCCAGGCGGCAUUCGUUUUGAGCUUCGAGAUACCCAAGACUUUAGACGCCCCGUUAAUGACUCCUCCCCACAACUCUCUUCGACCUCCGUAAUACACUUAAAGUCUGUCGAACUUAAGUUCAAGGCCAUGUUUUACCAAUAUUUCCAAAUGGGCCAACGAAUCCGCAAGCAUUACCUUUCGCCCCGGGUGUUGCUCUGCCUCCUCACGGGCAAGUUUGUCCCACCGCUGAAUCGGAAGAACCUCUACAGCCUCCAAUACAGCAUGCUUCCUGCGCGGCGGGCAGGCGUCAUGGAGAUGUGGACUGCAGUCAACUCGCUGCCGGAGCCUAAGAAGCGGAUGCCGGUGUUGCAUGUGCCGGUUCUCGCAAACGGGCGGAAGUUCCCAAAAGGUGCGGUAUUGUCUUGGAAAGGGAGGGUGGUCUUCUUUGCAUCUGCAGCCGACGUACCCCUAGCCUGUCUCGGUGGUCGAGACCGCUCCGAUGCACAACAUACUUCGUACCAGGGAUGA